AAAACAUCCAGCACCGCUUUUAAUAGUGUUACCACUCCUUAAAGUGAAGCCAGAAAUAGGUUUCAUGUCCAAAGCUUUCCACCACAGUACACACCAUUGGCAGAUGAAGAAACAUCUUUAUUGUGGGGAAAGGGGGCGCACUUAGAGGGAUGAACGAUGCCUCACCACUUGGAAAGUUACUGGGUCCGGCCUUAAUCCCAAAAUGCCACUUGCAUUGCAACAUGUGGCCCAGGGUUACAAAAGAAAUGUGGCUGACGGGCGUUGCAGACGGACGUUACGCCGGUGUACAAAGCAAAGCAGAGGGGGAAACAUAAAUCAGGCGCCAUCGGUGAAAACCCGGCAAGGAUCUAAGUCUCCGUUCGGUGGGAGGUUCGGUGACACAAUAAUCACGUGUACUGUCCGUAGACGUUCGGAAAUAUUCGAUUCUGGAACGUGCAGGGGCCGAAACCAGCCGGCAGAGCAAGUACCGGUCGGCACCAGCGGCCGGGUUAGCGCGGUUCCGUUCCAGCCCGAGGCGGGUCACGCCUCCGACUCCCGGUCCCGGCGACCUCCGGGGGCGAAGCCGGAGCCGGCGCGAGGCGGAAGCCUGGCCGCGCUCCCCGCCCGCGCCCAGGCCGCCUCCGGGUGCACCGCCGGCCUCGCGCGGCCCCGGCCCCCAGACCCAGGCCCGGAAGGCGAGCAUCGAUUUACCUGCUCCCCGCUCUGGCUGCCGCCGCCGCCGCCGCCACGCCGCUCACCCACACUGCCAGGCUGCAGGCCCAUUACCCUAAUAGACUGUGACCUUCUGAGCUGAGAAACAUGGUUCCUUGCCCUCAAGAGGAUCAAGUUUGGAGAAAGACAUAAACAAUCAAAUAGAGUAAUAACAAGCACUGAAAUCAAGUUUAUUUUUAAAAUAUGGAGGAGGAGCAUCUUAUUCAACCUCCAUUAAACAGGAAGUACUUCUCAUAAAAUGUAAAGCUCAAGAUGAAUCUUGAAGGAUCAGUAGGAAUUGGCCAAGCUAAGAAACAAAGUAUGUUCCAGACAAAGGCAUAGGUACCUUGGUAUGUAUCUCCUUGCCUAUGAACUGUGGAGGUAAGUAUAGUGUGUAGGUAGGUAUAGUAGAAGCAAAGGUGGUGAUGUGUGGGAGUGUGGCGGGAGAAGUGUGACCUGUAGAUAGGGUCAAGAUGGAUGGAGAGUAAUGGAUUAUUUAAGUGAGGUUGGGGGGAAUUACUUCAGCAGCAGUGCACGGGAUGGAUUAUUAGAUAGGGAACAGGUUUUUCUCUGGAAAAACAGAGAAGCCAGUUAGAAGACUGAUAAAAUAACUAGGGUGAAGAAUUAUGGAAGCCUGAGUUGAGGUGGUAGGUAGCCAUGAGAUUGGCAAAAAGGAUUUGAAAGCAAAAAUAUAGGCAAGAACUGAAGAUGUAUUCCAGAUUUCCGAUGCUAUUCAAAGAGGUAGGGGAUUCAGGAAGAAGGUGAUACACUUGCUGAUAAGAAUAAUGAAACACUACCACUUACUACUAUUGAAGUUGAUAUGCUGUUGCAGUCACCCACAGAAAUGAGAUGGAUGCCCACCUAAAAUUUGGUUCAUAUUUCAAGAUUUCUGAUACCAUGCCUGCACCAAGAGGGUAUAAGAAGGUCUAUUAGUCACAUAAUGAGACUUUCUAGGAAGAGCAAGGCAGGCUUCCCAAACAAGUCCAAGAUGUCUGGGAUGGGGUACAGGGAGGUUGGGAGAAACACUGGCCCUUACGGUUUUUAUGGUGGCUAGGGCCAUGAUACUGGGGUGAAAAUUCCUCCACAGGAGCCAGGGCUUGUGUGGCCUGAAUUACCACUGGCACCAAAGAAGGGAGCACCCAAGCUUUCUUAUCAGCAUCCUCAGAUAUGAGGCAAGAGGGAACGAUGACGGCUUGAAAGUUGUCAACCGUUAAACAUCAAUUAGGGAAUCAGAGUCUUUAUUACCUAUGUUUAGGGUUAGGUUUCGUUUUGUUUACUCUGACAAGAAAAUAAUAUAAUUUUUAUGUCUUUAUAUGCUUUGAAAAUGAUUGUAGUGGACACUUGCCUUCUCAAAAUUUGUUCCACUCUUCCCAUAUUGUGCAGCACACACCUGAGCAGUUUGGGUUGAAUUAACCUCACCCUUAUCCCAAAGUUAAUCCAAUCAGGUUAAUCCUGACCCAUGAUGUUCCCUUGGCCACAAAUGGUUUGGGAUUGAGCGCCAGUCUUAGAACUUUUGCCCCAAAAUUGUGUGAUGUGGCUCCCUUUCUCCCUCUUGAUGUGAAUGAGAAAAGGAUAUGAUCCUUGUUGCUGAAGGCAGUCAUCUUUUGACCAAGAAAAUGAAAGAGAAAUGGAGCUGAAACCCUAAUCAAAUAAACAAAGAUCUAUACCAUUGUAUAUAAGCAAAAGGAUGUAAAGUAAAAACUGUGAAAUUUUUAAAUAAGCAUUUUUCUGGCCCCUUUCUCCUCCUGUACUACAUUGUUCCAUUAUGUGAGCCUUCAAAUCAAAUCAACAUAGAGUUUGACUUUUUUUGCUACUGAUCCUCAGUAUCAAAUACUGAGUAGUGUAUUAAAUGUAGGUUAAGUCGAUUUGAAUUUUAAAAUGUGCACAUAUGUGUUACUUACCUUACUUUAUACUCUAAUGGUUGUCAGUUGCCAUAAUCUAGAAUUUGCACUUUAGAUGUAUUCAGCUGGCGUUUAAUCAGAAAGUCUGCAUUCCAAACAUAGCAACAAUAAAUGCUUCUGGUGUCAUUAUCUUCCAUUAACACCUGAGGCUUUGCUAAUCACUGGACCUUAUAAAUGGGUUUUCAUAAGUGAAACUAUGGGUUUUCUGUUAGUGUAAUGACUCUCAUUGAGGAACCAGUGGUGUUCAUGAUAUAUAGAUUGAAUAAAAUAUUUCAGAGAUAAUCCCUACCUUGCAUGACCAAGGUUAUAAAAAGUAAACUCUGUAGUCUGCAUUUUUAGGAACAGCACCAUUCUGACCUCAAACAAAAAUGUCUAAACUCCUAAUACUCUUCAGUAUGCCAAAGAUGGAACAGUUUAAUUUCUGCUUAACUAAAGGGAGAAUCAUGUUCAUUAUGGAGGUGACUGCAGACAUCAUGUUAAUUAUGGAGAUAAGGAAUAAAUUAUUUGUGCCUUUUCCUCCCCACUGCAAGUUCAUAUUCAGAAUAUUCCCAACACAGACACCAUUAAACUGAGAUCUCAGGAUGGGCCAUUAAAUUUAGACUGGCAGAGUAUGAAGGGCUACUAGGAAAGAGAAAUUCCAAGAUACAAAAGUUGGACUACAGAUGGUCUCUGGCCAUUGUCACUUUCCUAUAGAAGUAACAAUAAGGAAAUAGUUCAAAAACCUAAUAUGAAUGGGAAAAUAUAUUUAUUGUUAAAUAAACCUCAAGCCUGACUGAUAACAACUUGUGACUAUUUAAUCUGAAGACAAUCCUCAGACUUCUACAUUCAAACUAAUAGGAAAUGAGCUGCCAAAAUAGUGUAACCUCUUAAAAAGAGGAUCUUCCCCAGUGACCAGCUCCGAUGGGGCCAUAAAGGACACUGAGAGCAAAACAGUACCUGUCCAGAGAACCCAUACCCCUGCCAUCAGGAGUCCUCACUAUUCCUGUCUGCAGAAUAUGACAAGGAUCAGUGACUACUAUGUAAUG